AUAAAAGCGUCUGCUGAAUGACUAAAUAAUAUUAAUAAUAAUAUAACCAUGGGAACUUCAAGGUGCUAAAAUAACCAGGAUAAGCUUUUAAGGCUUGCAGCAAGUUGAAACUACCUCAGGUUGAACUCUGAAAUCAUAUCAUAAACAGAUGGCAAGUUAUUAUAUUUCAGGGUAAUGCUAUUGAAAAUAAUAGCACCCACGACCCUGGCGAGGGACCCUGUUUGUAAAUAUUUUUCUGCCUGGACUGCUUAUAUUGUAUGACAUCACUGUAUAGCCAUCCUGUGCCCCUGUGUGUCCACUCUGCCUGGCUUCAUUAGUUCUCUCUAGAAAGGUUUUUGGAGGCUGCCUUGGAGAAGUUCCUCGUUGGUUUUGUAAUGUUUCUUUAUUGGGUGUAACUGACCGAGAGGGAGGGUCUUUCAUCCUGCUCUUUUUCUAUAAACUCUGCAGCAGAAGUCUCUUGCAGUUUGCUUCACUAUUUUUGGAUCCACGCUUUGGGAAAAAAAAAAAAAAAAAGCAUUGGUGCCAUGGAUACGCUCUCUUCAGAAAUCCAGCACGAGGGGAAAAACGACGGGGAGAGCGACCCUGACAGUGAACAAGAUUCAGAGGCCUGUGAAAACGAUAAAGAACUACCAAAUGAACCAGAAACAGCCCCAGCCCCCAAGCAGCCGUGGGAAACAAGUCUUUACUCUGUUUACAACAAAGAAUUGCACUUUUUCGCCAGCCAGGAGAUCACAAUCAUAGAGACAACUGACUCCUAUGGUGGCGUUGUGUGGCCGGGGGCACUGGCUUUGUGUCAGUUUCUGGAGAACAACCAGCACCAGUUUAAUCUCCGAGACAAAGCAGUCCUGGAAAUAGGAGCUGGAACAGGAUUGCUCUCCAUAGUGGCUUGCUUGCUUGGUGCCUGGGUCACAGCUACUGAUCUGCCUGAUGUUCUUGGAAAUCUAAGAACCAAUUUGAAUAGGAACACCAGAGGAAAGUGCAGAUAUCUUCCCCAAGUGGCUGAGUUAGAGUGGGGGAGUAAUCUAGAGGAAGCCUACCCCAAAUCUCUUUACCGAUACGAAGUUGUCCUUGCAGCCGAUGUUGUAUACCAUCACAACUGCCUGGAUGAGCUGCUCAUCACAAUGGAGCAUUUCUGCCAGCCAGGCACAGUGCUUCUGUGGUCAAACAAAUAUCGGUUUACAACAGACCACAAAUUUGCUGAGAUGUUUCAAAACACUUUUGACACCACUCUUCUCGCAGAGUUCCCAGAUACAGAGGUGAAGAUCUAUAUGGCGAUGGCAAAAGACAAGCAAUAAAAACAAAAAAUCCCAACAGCAGUUUAACGCUUAGUUGCCUUGACAUCUGGGGUUUCUUAUACCUCUUUUUGGCUUUCCUGUUACAUUUAGAUUAGAAAAUUAAGCUUCUAUGACUUGCAAGUGUUGUUACCGUUUACAGCUGGCUCCAUGGACUUUUGUUAAUUGUAACAGAAGAUUUGGUGCACAUGGUAGGAGUUGGGAACCAACCAUUUUUUGGUAUGGGUUAGUGAAAUAAAGUGAAUCUAGUCAGUCUUUGUCAGGUUCCUGGACAACUUGUCAUACAAGUAUAGCGCAAAAGCAUGAGCAUGUAUCAUCUGUGCCAUUGAUCCUGCUUGCCUAAUAACAGCAAUCAGCAUUUGAGUUAUUGUGCAUAUUGACUAAUGCCUUUGGAUCAGUUGCUCCUGAGUGCGUAAUGAUUAUUGCUAUCAGAGGCAAUUUUCCAGUUGCUCUGACUUAUCUAGCAUCCACUUUGUAUUCCCCUAUCAAUGUUUUGCUACUACCCAUUAUACAUUCAACAAACAGAUAACUGUGCAUACUGCAGUCAGGCACUCAGUACCUCAUGCUGUUCAGCACCUUUGCGUGACAUUAUUUCUAUAAUGUUGCCACACCAAUAACUUAAAAUAAAUAAGAACAAACGUUUUUAUACUGUAGGAGUGUGCAGAAACAGAAACAAUUGUUUGUGUAAUGAUCAAAGGCUGUUGCCACUCAUUUGUUUAUGUACAUUAAAGUUUUGUUUUUCUUAAA